AUGAUUGCCUGGGAAGUGGUCCACACAGUAUUCCUCCUGGUGGCUCUUCUUCGUUCUUCCCUAGCUGGAGAUGGGACCCCCCAGUCGGAGAGCAGGGCUGAGGAGAUUCCGGAGGGGGCAUCCACGUUGGCUUUUGUGUUUGAUGUGACUGGCUCCAUGUAUGAUGAUUUAGUUCAGGUUAUUGAAGGGGCUUCCAAAAUUUUGGAGACGUCUUUGAAAAGACCCAAGAGACCUCUUUACAACUUUGCUUUGGUGCCCUUCCAUGAUCCAGAAAUUGGUCCAGUGACAAUUACCACAGAUCCCAAAAAAUUUCAGUAUGAACUAAGAGAACUCUACGUUCAGGGUGGAGGUGAUUGUCCAGAAAUGAGUAUUGGAGCUAUAAAAAUUGCCCUGGAAAUUUCUCUUCCUGGAUCUUUCAUCUAUGUUUUCACUGAUGCACGGUCCAAGGAUUACCGGCUCACCCACGAGGUGCUGCAGCUUAUUCAACAGAAACAAUCCCAGGUGGUAUUCGUGCUCACUGGAGACUGUGAUGACAGGAGUCAUAUUGGAUACAAAGUCUAUGAAGAAAUUGCCUCUACAAGUUCUGGUCAAGUGUUCCAUCUGGACAAAAAACAAGUGAAUGAGGUGUUGAAGUGGGUGGAAGAAGCAGUGCAGGCCUCCAAGGUUCACCUCUUAUCCACUGAUCACGUGCAACAGGCUGUCAACACUUGGAAAAUUCCUUUUGAUCCCAGCCUCAAAGAAGUGACCGUGUCCCUGAGCGGCCCUUCCCCUGUGAUUGAGAUCCGAAAUCCUUAUGGGAAGCUGAUAAAAAAGGGAUUUGGCUUGAAUGAGCUGUUAAAUAUCCAUAACUCUGCCAAAGUGGUGAAUGUCAAGGAGCCAGAAGCGGGAAUGUGGACAGUGAAGACCUCCAGCAGUGGAAGACACUCAGUUCGCAUUACUGGUCUUAGUACUAUCGAUUUUCGAGCUGGCUUUUCCCGAAAACCCACACUGGACUUCAGAAAAACAAUCAGCAGACCGGUACAAGGGAUACCUACCUAUGUGCUACUGAACACUUCUGGAAUCUCCAGUCCAGCUAGAGUAGAUCGUCUUGAACUUCUGAGUAUCUCAGGGGGGUCUCUUAAAUCGAUUACUGUUAAACAUUACCCAGAUCGAAAACCUUAUGGCAUCUGGAAUAUUUCUGACUUUGUUCCACCAGAUGAAGCUUUCUUUCUCAAAGUGACAGGCUAUGACAAAGAUGGCUAUCUCUUCCAGAGAGUGUCAAGUGUUUCCUUUUCCAGCAUUGUUCCAGACGCUCCCAAAGUUACAAUGCCCACAAGAACCCCCGGAUACUACCUGCAGCCAGGCCAAAUCCUCUGUUCGGUUGAGAGUCUUUUGCCCUUUACUUUGAGCUUCAUGAGAAACGGAAUUGCACUGGGAAUGGACCAGUAUCUAAAAGAAUCUGCGAGUGUGAACUGGGAUUUCCAAAAGGUCGAGUUGUCUGACGAAGGCAUCUACGAAUGCAUUGCUGUGAGCAGUGCAGGGACUGGGCGGGCACAGACGUUUUUUGAUGUAUCAGAGCCUCCUCCAAUCAUCCAAGUACCUAAUAAUGUUACAGUCAUGCCUGGAGAAAGAGCAGUUUUGGUGUGUCUUGUCUUCAGUGCUGUGGAAUACAAUCUAACAUGGCAGAGGAGUGGCAGAGAUGUCCGACUAGCAGACUCAGCAAGAAUUAGGACCUUGGCCAACCUCUCCCUGGAGCUGGGGAGUGUGAAAAUUGGUGAUGCUGGCGAGUACCGUUGUUUGGCUUCCAACGAAGGUGGAUCAGCAGCAGCUUCAGUUUUCCUCAUAGUGCAAGAAAAACCCAAAGUCGCUGUGAUGCCCAAGAACCAGUCUUUCACAGGAGGAUCUGAGGUCUCUAUCAUGUGUUCUGCAACAGGUUAUCCCAAACCAAAGAUUGUCUGGACAAUUAAUGAGAUGUUUAUCAUGGGUUCACACAGAUAUAGGAUGACCUCAGAAGGCACUUUAUUCAUCAAGAAUGCAGUUCCUAAAGAUGCAGGGACCUAUGGUUGCCUGGCAAGCAAUGAGGCUGGAACUGAUAAGCAGACUUCUACUCUCAGAUACAUCGAAGCCCCAAAGCUGGUGGUAGUUCAGAGUGAGCUCUUGGUGGCCCUUGGGGAUACAACAGUCAUGGAAUGUAGAACCUCUGGGGUUCCUCCACCUCAAGUAAAGUGGUUCAAAGGAGAUCUUGAAUUGAGACCUUCAACAUUCCUCAAUAUUGACCCUCUCAUGGGACUUUUGAAGAUUCAAGAAACACAAGAUCUGGAUGCUGGUGAUUAUACCUGUGUAGCCAUCAAUGAUGCUGGAAGAGCAACAGGCAGACUAACUCUGGAUGUAGGCUCACCUCCAGUUUUCAUUCAAGAACCUUCUGAUGUGUCCAUGGAAAUUGGCUCCAAUGUGACAUUACCUUGUUAUGUCCAGGGUUACCCAGAACCAAAGAUCAAAUGGCGAAGACUGGACAACAUGCCAAUUUUCUCAAGACCCUUUUCAGUUAGUUCCAUCAGCCAACUGAGAACAGGCGCUCUCUUUAUUUCAAAUUUAUGGGCAAGUGACAAAGGAACGUAUAUCUGUGAAGCUGAAAACCAGUUUGGAAAAAUACAGUCACAGACGACAGUAACAGUGACAGGACUUGUUGCCCCACUUAUUGGAAUCAGUCCUUCUGUGGCCAGUGUCAUUGAGGGACAGCAGCUAACUCUGCCUUGUACUCUGUUGGCUGGAAAUCCCAUCCCAGAACGGCGGUGGAUAAAGAACUCAGCCAUGUUGGUACAAAAUCCUUACAUAACUGUGCGCAGCGACGGGAGUCUCCAUAUUGAAAGAGUUCGGCUUCAGGAUGGAGGCGAAUAUACUUGUGUGGCCAGUAAUGUUGCUGGAACCAAUAACAAAACAACCUCUGUGGCCGUGCAUGUUCUGCCAACCAUUCAGCAUGGCCAACAGAUACUCAGCACAAUUGAAGGCAUUCCGGUAACUUUACCAUGCAAAGCAAGUGGGAUUCCCAAGCCAUCUAUCACCUGGUCAAAGAAAGGAGAGCUGAUUUCAACUGGCAGUGCCAAGUUUUCUGCAGGGGCUGAUGGGAGUCUGUACGUGGUGUCACCAGGAAGUGAGGAGAGUGGGGAGUACAUCUGUACAGCCACCAAUGCAGCUGGCUAUGCCAAGAGGAAAGUGCAGCUGACUGUCUAUGUAAGACCCAGAGUGUUUGGGGACCAAAGAGGACUGUCCCAAGAUAAGCCUGUGGAGAUCUCUGUCCUAGCUGGGGAAGAAGUGACCCUUCCCUGUGAAGCGAAGAGCUUACCCCCACCCAUUAUUACCUGGGCCAAAGAUAGCCAACUCAUCUCUCCAUUUUCUCCAAGACACACGUUCCUCCCUUCUGGCUCAAUGAAGAUCACAGAGACUCGAAUUUCAGACAGUGGCAUGUAUCUUUGUGUUGCCACAAAUAUUGCUGGGAAUGUGACUCAGUCUGUUAAAUUAAGUGUUCAUGUUCCUCCAAAAAUACAGCAUGGGGCUAGACACAUAAAAGUCCAAGUCGGCCAGAGAGUAGACAUCCCAUGCAAUGCCCAUGGGUCGCCACCUCCCUCGAUCACCUGGUUUAAAAGUGGAAGGCCCGUGCUAAUUGAUGGAGCACAACAACCUAGUAAUCCAGAUGGAACUCUGAGCAUCGAGCAGGCUGUGGUAUCAGAUGCAGGUGUAUAUACAUGCGUUGCCACAAACAUAGCCGGCCGUGAUGAAGCAGAGCUGACGCUACAUGUCCAAGAACCACCUACAGUGGAAGACCUGCAACCUCCUUUUAACACUCCAUUCCAAGAAAGACUGGCCAAUCAGCGCAUUGCAUUUCCAUGCCCUGCAAAAGGUACUCCUAAACCAACCAUCAAGUGGUUACACAAUGGCAGAGAGGUGACAGGGCAAGAGCCUGGUGUUUCUAUCUUGGAAGAUGGUGCACUGUUAGUCAUUGCUUCUCUUACACCACACAACAAUGGCGAGUACAUCUGUGUGGCCAUCAACGAAGCUGGGACCACAGAAAGGAAAUACAACCUCAAAGUUCAUGUUCCACCGGUAAUUAAAGAUAAGGAACAUGUGACAAAUGUGUCUGUGUUGGUAAACCACCUGGCCAGUCUCUACUGUGAGGCAGAAGGAACUCCAUCACCUGUCAUUAUGUGGUAUAAAGAUGAUACCCAGGUGACAGAAAGCAGUACUGUUCAGAUCGUGAACAAUGGGAAGAUAUUGAAACUCUUUAAAGUAUCUGCAGAGGACGCAGGGAGAUAUUCCUGCAAAGCAGUUAAUAUUGCAGGAACCUCUCAGAAGUACUUUAGUGUUGACGUAUUAGUUCCACCCAGCAUAAUAGGUGCCAGCUUCCCAAAUGAAGUCUCAGUUGUUCUGAACCAUAACAUCACCCUGCAGUGCCAUGUCCGAGGCACUCCCUUCCCUGCUAUUCACUGGUUCAAGGAUGGCAAGCCUUUAUUUUUGGGAGAUCCCAACAUUGAACUUUCAGACAGAGGACAGAAUUUACAUCUGAGGACUGCGAGGAGAAGUGACAAGGGGCGCUACCAAUGUACAGUGUCUAAUGCAGCAGGCAAGCAAGCCAAGGAUAUAAAACUGACUGUCUAUGUUCCACCUAGUAUUAAAGGAGGGAAUGUUACCACAGAAAUAUCAGCGUUGCUCAACAGCAUACUUAAACUGGAAUGUGAGACCCGGGGGCUUCCAGUGCCAACCAUUACCUGGUAUAAAGAUGGCCAGGUAGUCAUAUCCAGCUCACAAGCACUUUAUAUUGAUAAAGGACAAUUUCUUCACAUUCCAAGAGCACAGGUCUCUGAUUCAGCAACAUAUACAUGCCAUGUAUCCAACAUUGCUGGAACGGCUGAAAAAUCAUUCCGUGUUGACAUCUAUGUUCCUCCAAUAAUUGAAGGUGACUUGGCCACUCCUUCAAAUAAGCAAGUUGUUAUCGGUCAGUCAUUGAUACUGGAAUGUAAAGCUGCUGGCAACCCUCCUCCAGUUCUCACUUGGUUAAAAGAUGGUGUGCCUGUGAAAGCCAGUGACAACAUCCGCAUAGAAGCUGGCGGGAAGACACUUGAAAUCUUGAGUGCCCUAGAAGUUGACCGGGGACAAUACAUAUGUGUGGCUACCAGUGUGGCAGGAGAAAGGGAGAUCAAAUAUGAAGUUGAUGUCUUAGUGCCGCCAGCUGUGGAAGGAGGAGAUGAAACAUCUUACUUCAUUGUGAUGGCAAAUAACUUACUGGAGCUAGAUUGCCAGGUGACAGGCUCUCCCCCACCAACUAUCAUGUGGCUAAAAGGUGGUCAGUUAAUUGAUGAAAGAGAUGGAUUCAAGAUCUUGCUGAAUGGACGCAAACUGGUUGUUGCUCAGGCUCAAGUGUCAGACACAGGUCUUUACCAGUGUGUGGCAACGAACAUUGCAGGAGACAACAAGAAGGAGUUUGAAGUGACAGUUCAUGUUCCUCCAACAAUCAAGUCCUCAGACCUUCCAGAGAAGACUGUGGUGAGAAACAAGCCAGUCACCUUGCAAUGCAUAGCCAAUGGCAUUCCAAACCCGUCCAUUACAUGGCUGAAGGAUGAACAGCCAGUGAACACUGCCCAAGGAAACCUCAGAAUACAGUCUUCUGGUAGAGUUCUACAGAUUGCCAAGACUCUUUUGGAAGAUGCUGGCAGAUACACAUGUGUGGCUACCAAUGCAGCUGGAGAAGCCCAACAGCACACUCAACUGCAUGUGCACGAACCUCCCAGCCUGGAAGAUUCAGGGAAGAUGCUGAAUGAGACCGUGGUGGUGAAUAACCCCAUUCAACUGGAGUGUAGAGCAACAGGCAAUCCUCUUCCUGUCAUUACAUGGUACAAAGACAACCACCCACUCUCAGGUUCCACAAGUGUAGUCUUCCUGAACAGAGGGCAGAUCCUUGAUAUUGAAAGAACACAGAUCUCAGACGCUGGCAUCUAUAAGUGUGUAGCCAUAAACUCUGCCGGAGCUACAGAAUUGUUUUACAGUCUACAAGUUCAUGUGCCUCCUUCGAUCUCAGGUAGCAGUUCCAUGGUGGAGGUGGUGGUGAAUAAUCUAGCAAGGUUAGAAUGUGAAGCUAGGGGCAUCCCUGCCCCCAGUCUGACUUGGUUGAAAGAUGGGAGCCCCGUCUCUAGCUUUGCUAAUGGAAUACAGGUUCUCUCUGGGGGUCGCAUCCUAGCGCUAACCAGUGCACAAAUGAGUGACAUGGGAAGAUACACCUGUGUGGCAGUGAACGCUGCUGGGGAGAAACAAAGGGACAUCGACCUCAGAGUAUAUGUUCCACCAAAUAUUAUGGGAGAAGAGCAGAAUGUCUCUGUCCUCAUCAGCCAAGCUGUGGAGUUAAUUUGUCGAAGUGAUGCUGUUCCCCCACCUACUCUGAUGUGGUUAAAAGAUGGCCGCCCUUUGCUGAAGAAACCAGGCCUCAGUAUCUCUGGAAAUGGAAGUGUACUAAAGAUUGAAGAUGCUCAGGUUCAAGACACUGGUCGUUACACCUGUGAAGCAACCAAUGUCGCUGGAAAAACUGAGAAAAACUACAAUGUUAACAUCUGGGUACCACCCAACAUUUAUGGAUCUGAUGAGCUUGUGCAACUUACUGCCAUUGAGGGGAAUCUCAUCACUCUGCUGUGUGAAUCAAGUGGAAUUCCACCCCCAAAUCUUACUUGGAAGAAGAAAGACUCUCUGGUGUUGGCUGACUCUGCGGGACGAGUUCGAAUUUUAUCUGGAGGCAGACGGUUACAAAUUUCAGUCGCCGAGAAAGCUGAUGCAGGACUCUACACAUGUAUGGCAUCCAAUGUGGCUGGAAUUGCAAAGAAAGAUUAUAAUCUUCAAGUGUACAUUCGACCAUCAAUAGCCAACAGCGGCAGUCACAGCCCUGAAAGUAUUGUCAUCCGUGGGAAGAGUAUUUCCUUGGAAUGCGAGGCGCAGGGUAUUCCUCAGCCAACAGUGACCUGGAUGAAAGAUGGCCGCCCCUUGACCAAGGGAAAGGGAGUGGAAAUACUGGAUGAGGGUCGCAUCCUUCAGCUGAAGAACGUUCAUGUAUCUGACACAGGCCGUUAUGUGUGUGUUGCUGUGAAUGUAGCAGGAAUGACUGACAAAAGAUUCGACUUAAGUGUUCAUGCCCCUCCAAGCAUCAUAGGGAACCAAGGAGUACCUGAGAACAUCAGUGUGGUGGAAAAGAGUUCCGUAUCCCUGACUUGUGAAGCCUCUGGCAUCCCCCUGCCUUCCAUAACCUGGCUUAAAGAUGGCUGGCCUAUCAGCCUCGGAAGUUCCGUGAAAAUUCUCUCAGGAGGCAGGAUGCUGCGGUUGAUGCAGACCAGACCAGAAGAUGCUGGCCAGUAUACUUGUAUUGUAAGGAAUGCAGCUGGUGAAGAGAGGAAAAUGUUUGGACUUUCAGUAUUAGUUCCUCCUCAUAUUGUGGGUGAAAAUACGUUGGAAGAUGUGAAGAUUAAAGAGAAACAGAGUGUUACAUUGACUUGUGAAGCAACAGGGAACCCUGUGCCAAAGAUUACAUGGCACAAAGAUGGACAACUGCUCCAAGAAGAUGAAGUCCACCACAUGAUGUCUGAUGGCCGUUUUCUUCAGAUCACCAAUGCUCAAGUGUCACAAACAGGACGAUACACAUGCUUGGCCUCUAAUACAGCUGGUGACAAAAGCAAAAGUUUCAGUCUCAAUGUGUUUGUAUCUCCAACAAUCGCUGGUGUAGACAGUGAAGGCAGCCCUGAAGAUGUCAUUGUCAUCCUUAACAGCCCCACUUCUCUGGUCUGUGAGGCAUAUUCCUAUCCUCCAGCUACCAUCACCUGGUUCAAGGAUGGAGCGCCUUUAGAAUCCAAUCGAAAUAUCCGAAUUCUUCCAGGAGGCCGCACCCUGCAGAUACUGAAUGCACAAGAAGACAAUGCUGGAAGAUAUUCAUGUGUGGCCACUAAUGAAGCUGGGGAGAUGAUAAAACACUAUGAAGUGAAAGUUUACAUUCCACCCAUCAUCAAGAAAGGGGACCUUUUGGGCCCUGGCCUUUCCCCUAAAGAAGUGAAGAUCAGGGUGAAUAACAGCUUGACUUUGGAGUGUGAAGCUUAUGCCAUUCCUUCUGCCUCUCUCCGCUGGUACAAGGAUGGACAGCCCCUUAAAUCAGAUGAUCAUGUUAACAUCGCUGCAAAUGGACACACUCUUCAAAUAAAGGAAGCUCAAAUAUCGGACACUGGCCGAUACACUUGUGUUGCAUCUAACCUUGCCGGUGAAGAUGAGUUGGAUUUUGAUGUGAAUAUCCAAGUUCCUCCAAGUUUUCAGAAACUCUGGGAAAUAGGAAACAUGCUAGACACCGGCAGGAGCGGUGAAGCCAAAGAUGUAAUCAUUAACAAUCCCAUUUCUCUGCACUGUGAGACAAAUGCUGCUCCUCCCCCAACUCUGACGUGGUACAAAGAUGGCCGUCCUCUGACUUCAAGUGACAGAGUAUUGAUUUUGCCAGGAGGGCGAGUGUUGCAGAUUCCCCGGGCUAAAGUUGAAGAUGCUGGGAGGUACACAUGUGUGGCUGUGAAUGAAGCUGGAGAAGAUUCCCUUCAGUAUGACGUCCGCGUACUCUUGCCACCAGUUAUCAAGGGAGCAAAUGGUGAUCUCCCAGAAGAGGUCACUGUGCUGGUGAACAAGAGUGCCCGGGUGGAAUGUUCAUCCAGCGGUAGCCCAGCACCGAAGAAUUCCUGGCAGAAAGAUGGACAGCCCUUGUUGGAAGAUGAACAUCACAAGUUUCUAUCUGAUGGCAGGAUUCUUCAGAUUCUGAAUGCUCAAAUAACAGAUAUUGGGAGGUAUGUGUGUGUUGCUGAGAACAUAGCUGGGAGUGCCAAAAAAUACUUCAACCUCAACAUUCACGUUCCUCCAAGUGUCAUUGGUCCUACUCAUGAACACCUCUCUGUGGUGGUGAACCACUUCAUCUCUUUGACCUGUGAGGUUUCUGGUUUCCCCCCUCCUGACCUCAGCUGGCUCAAGAAUGAACAGCCCAUCAAGCCCAACACAAAUGUUCUCAUUGUGCCGGGUGGUCGAACUCUCCAGAUUAUUCGGACCAAGGUAUCUGAUGGUGGUGAAUACACCUGCAUCGCUAUCAACCAAGCUGGAGAAGGCAAGAAGAAAAUCUCUCUAACAGUUCAUGUGCCCCCAAGCAUUAAAGAUCAUGGCAGCGAAUCUCUUUCUGUAGUUAAUGUCAGAGAGGGGACCUCAGUGUCAUUGGAAUGCGAGUCAAACGCUGUCCCUCCUCCAGUCAUCACCUGGUCUAAGAAUGGGCGGACGAUAACAGAUUCUACUCAUGUGGAGAUUUUGACUGGUGGACAAAUGCUGCACAUCAAGCGAGCUGAGGUGUCUGACACAGGCCAGUAUGUAUGUAGAGCUAUAAAUGUAGCAGGACGAGAUGAUAAAAAUUUCCACCUCAAUGUAUAUGUGCCUCCCACUAUUGAAGGGCCUGAAAGAGAAGUCAUUGUGGAGACAGUCAGCAAUCCAGUGACACUGACCUGUGAUGCCACUGGGAUCCCCCCUCCCACCAUAACAUGGUUAAAGAACCACAAGCCUAUAGAAAAUUCUGACUCCCUUGAGGUUCACAUUUUGUCUGGGGGAACCAAACUGCAAAUUGCCAGACCUCAGCGUUCCGACAGUGGAAACUACACCUGUGUGGCAUCCAAUAUGGAGGGAAAGGCUCAGAAAAACUAUAUCCUUUUCCUUCAGGUCCCCCCAACCAUUGCUAGUGCUGAAGUUCCGAGUGAAGUCAGUGUCAUUCUUGGGGAAAAUGUUGAGCUGGUCUGCAAUGCAGAUGGCAUUCCCACCCCACAUCUUCAGUGGCUUAGAGAUGGGAAACCCAUACUGAAUGGUGAAACAGAAAGAGUCAGGUAUGUUUAA